AUGCAACACCGUGAGAUUGUUGAACGGUUUGGUAAGUAUAAAUUCAUCAAAAAGAUAGGUGAAGGUGCAUUUGCAAUGAUUGCACUAUGCCAAAAUCAAAAGACAAAAGAAAAUGUUGCGAUCAAAGUUAUAAAUAGAAAACACGUCCUUGAAAACGGGAUACUAGAGUAUUUAGAGCGCGAAUUAAAGUUGAUUGGUAGGAUUAAUCACCCAUCAUUCCCUAAAUACCAUGAAAUCAUUUACAAUGAAGAUUCGAUUUUAAUUGUAAUGGAAUAUAUGCCGAAUGGCAACCUCAUAGAGUUGGUUAACAGUGGUGUUAACUUUUCAAUGUCAGAUAAGCUUAAUAUCUUAUACAAGAUUGCAUCUGGAAUAAAUUACCUUCACGAAAGAGGUAUUUCUCAUCGAGACAUUAAGGCAGAGAACAUUGUCUUUGAUUCAGAUUACCAGCCUAAGAUCAUCGAUUUUGGCCUAGCUCACGAAAAAGAAUGUCACUUAAAAACAUUUUGUGGCACACCAAAUUAUAUUGCCCCAGAAGUCAUUACAGCGCAUGUUCUCUUAACAAAGAAGUUUCCAUUCGAAUUCAAGAGCGAGGCAAAGUUCAUCAAAGAAAUCAUGACAAAUUCAUUGAAAAUCCAAAAUUUGUGCUAUGGAGAAAUGCAUGACCUUAUCAACGAUUGCCUUGUAAUAGAGCCUGAAAGAAGAUUGACAUCAAAGCAAAUAGUAGCCAAGCUUGAUGAGAUAAUAUCAAAAAGAAACAUUUUCCUUACAAUGUCCGGAAGAAUUACAAUUCCAAAGAUGAUAAGAUUAGACAUUUUCAAUAGAUGCAACACAGAUAAAUUCUUGGAGUACUCCCUGGAACAAGGAGAUUUAAUAUAUCUAGGACGCGUUCUAACUAUUAUUCAUAAAAUAAAUGUAUGUAUUUAA